CAUUCCAAGCCUGAAGAAGGAGGAACUGUGCUGAGCAAGGAGUCAUUUCUCCGUUUCUUCCUUUAGCCUUACCCAAGGGCUGUGCUUAGCUAGAAGUUUUUUACCAGUUCUUCUUUCCUUCCUUUCCUUUUUCUCUUUCUUUUUCUCUUUCUUUCUUUCUCUCCCUUUUUUUCUCUCUCUUCUCUUUCUUUUCUCCUCCUCCUCUCUCUUUCUUUCUUACUUUUGUUUCCCACCUAAGCUUGUUGCAAUAAAGCCUUGGGGACUGUGCUGCUAAAGUGUGUUAAAUUUGUCCUUAGAGUGUCAGGUAUUUCACGCUUGCUUCCACCCUCUCCCCACUCCAGGUGGAAGAAAUCUCUUGCUGGAGUUUCUUGAAACAAGAGAGGAAAAGUAGCAGCAGGAUAGAUUUGCCUUUAGUUUACAGGAGAAAAGCAAGAGGUGGGGUGAGGGGGAAAGAAAUGAUACAGGGCACUGGGCAAAGAAGCUCAAAAGCGGCUGGGAGGGAUACGGAACUCCGUUGCUCUCGCCAUGACUAAGGCUAGCCAAAUUGCUUUUGGUUGACAGUUCAGAGAGCUCGCUAUGGUGUGGCUAUUCCUCCUUCCCUGGCCCGUGGGUUUUGCGUUUAGCCUGGCCAGCCUCCCAGCCCCGCAGCUUCAGGAGAACACGAGCUGCUCUCUGCGCUCAGCCCAGGGUGACAGGCGUGUAACUUGUGCGGGUCCUGCACCCUUUUUAAUUUUCAGCCAUGGAAAUGCUAUCUUUAGGAUUGACAUGGAGGGAACUAAUCAUGAACGAAUGGUGGCUAACGCUGGCACGUCGAUAUUGAUGGAUUUUCAUUAUAGAAAGAAGAAAGUCUAUUGGGUGGACUUAGAAAGAGGACUUCUGCAAAAAGUAUUCCUGAAUGGCACAAAGAAAGAGAUUCUGGGCCAUGUGGAGAAAGGGGUUUCAGGAAUGGCAAUUGAUUGGCUUCAUGAAGAAAUUGUUUGGUCCAAUCAACUGAAAGGAACAAUUGAAACUACAGACAUGAAAGGAAACAAUUCUCAUGUCCUCUUGAAGGAAUUAAAUUAUCCUAAAAAUGUUGUUCUUGAUCCAGUAAAAAGCUUUAUGUUUUGGGUGGCAGAUAAUAUUACUGGCACUAUAAACAGAGCCAAUCUUAAUGGGACAGAUGUCAAGAUUCUCAUGCAGACAUCACAAACAAUUAAAAUGAUCUCAUUGGACAUCAUUAACCAGAGAAUCUUUUGGAUUCAGUACAGCAGUGCAAAGAGUGAUCUUCAUGUUGGCUCAUGUAAUUAUGAUGGGGGCUCCGUUCACCUGUUGAAUCAUUUUACACGGUACCCUUAUUUUGGAAUGUCUCUCUUUGUUGAAGAUAUGUAUUAUUCCGAAUGGAAUACAAGUGCCAUUUGGAGAGCCAAUAAACACACAGGGGAGAAAAUGGUGAAAAUUAGCCUUAAGCCAUCAUUUCUACCACCAACUGAAAUAAAAGUAGUAUACCAGCUCCUGCAGCCAACAGCAAGAAAUAAUACUCAGGAUUCUGAGCAGGAAUCAUGCAACUUAAAGAAGGGUGACUGCAGGAUCAGUGUGUGUGGGCAGGACCCUAAAUCUCAUCGAUGCAAAUGUGCAGAAGGUUACACAUUAAGUCAAGAUGGGAAGUAUUGCAAAGAUGUCAAUGAAUGUGCAUUUUGGAACCAUGGGUGUACUCUUGGAUGUGAAAAUAUCCCUGGAUCCUAUUACUGCACAUGCCCCAAAGGGUUCAUCCUGCUUUCUGAUGGGAAGAGAUGUCAUGAACUAAUUUCCUGUGUAAGCAAUGACACUGGAUGCAGCCAUGGUUGCGUCAUGACAUCAGAUGGUCCCGCGUGUUUCUGUCCUGAAGGGUCAGUGCUUGAGGAAGAUGGAAAAACGUGCAGUGGUUGUUCAUCACUAGAUAAUGGUGGGUGUAGCCAGCUUUGCACCCCUCUCAGCCCAGUGUCUUGGGAAUGUGGUUGCUUUCCUGGAUACGAGCUGCAGUUGGAUCGAAAGAGCUGCAAAGCUACAGGACCCCAGCCCUUUUUACUGUUUGCCAACACACAUGAUAUUCGGCGCAUCUACUUUGAUGGGACAAAGUAUGAAAGCCUGCUCAGCCAGCAGAUGGGAGUGGUCUUAGCAUUAGAUCAUGAUCUGGUUGAAAAUAAGAUUUACUUUGCACACACAACACUGAAGUGGAUAGAGAGAGCUAACAUGGAUGGCUCAGAGCGUGAAAUACUCAUUCAGGAAGCAAUAGACACACCGGAAAGUAUUGCUGUGGAUUGGAUCAACCGUAAAUUCUAUUGGACAGACCGAGGGAAAUCACACAUUGCCAGGAGUGAUUUGAAUGGAAGACACAAUGAAGUGAUCAUUGAGAAAGAUGUGUCUCAGCCAAGAGGAAUUGCUGUCCAUCCAACGGCCAAGAAAUUAUUCUGGACUGAUUUGGGAAUUAAUCCACGGAUUGAAAGCUCAUCUCUUCAAGGCAGUGACAGGCUGAUUAUAGCUAAUACUGAUCUGGUCUGGCCUAGUGGAAUAACGAUUGAUUACGUAGCUGACAAGUUGUAUUGGUGCGAUGCCAAACAAUCUGUUAUUGAAAUGGCCAAUCUGGAUGGGUCGGGACGCCGAAGACUUAUCCAGAACGAUGUAGAUCACCCAUUUGCUGUGGCUGUAUUCGAGGAUCAUGUUUGGUUCUCUGACUGGGCUAAGUCUUCAGUAAUAAGGGUGGACAAGAGAACUGGCAAAAACAGGGUAUGUCUUCGAGGCAGCAUGCUGAGACCCUCAUCCUUGGUUGUAAUCCAUCCUUUGGCAAAACCAGGAGCUGAUCCCUGCACAUAUAAAAAUGGAGGCUGUGAGCACAUUUGUAAAGAGACAUUUGGAAUCGCUCAAUGCUUGUGUCAGGAAGGCUUUCAGAAAACCCAAGAUGGUAAAAAGUGCCAGUCUCUGAACAGUCAUCAGACCGAAGCAGCCAGUAAGAUGAAUCUAAGCAAUGAUACAACAGCACUGGAGAAUGUGUUGGGAAGAACAUUGGAAGAUAACAACAGGGUGGAGCAACAGCCCAAACAUGGACUAGUAGCUGAAAUCAUGGUUACAGAUGAGGAUGGCUGUGCCCCUGUGGAUUGUGGUGUGAAUGCUCAGUGCACUUCAGAGGGAAAGGAUGCCUGGUGUCAGUGCUUGGAAGGAUUCACCAGGAAUGGAACCGUCUGCUCUGAUAUUGAUGAAUGUGAAAUGGAUAAUGUGCUUUGCCGGCCAGAAUCGUCUGAGUGCAUCAACACUGAGGGUAGCUAUGUCUGCAAGUGUUUGGAAGGCUACAGUGGAGACGGGUUGAACUGUUAUGAUAUUGAUGAGUGUGAAACGGGAGUGCACAAAUGUGGAGAAAGUGCCAUCUGUAAAAAUACAGAGGGAGGCUACACAUGCAUCUGCUCUAAUGGUGCACCUGGGUCUGGAUCUGUCUGUCCUGAAUCUUUUCAGCCUGGGGAUGACACUUCCUCUCUCAUUAGAAGCAGGAAUUCAGAGUGUCCACCACCAUAUGACUCAUACUGCCUCCACGGAGGAGUGUGCAUUUAUGUUUCAGAGCUAGAAAACUAUGCAUGCAAAUGCGUGGCUGGCUAUGUAGGAGAGCGCUGUCAGCACAGUGACCUGGAAUGGUGGGAGAUGCGGCACGUGACGAUGACAAAACAGCAGAAUAUCACCGUGGCUGUCUGCGUGGUUGUGCUGGUUCUGCUGCUCCUCCUGGCCUUGGGGGUCACUUACCAUUUCAGGGCUCAGAAGCUCCAUAAGAAGAAUCCAACCCCCGAGAUGAACAGGGAAUCCACCAUUGCCAGUGCGCCUGGAGAGGGUGUGACCCUUCCCAAUCACACGCCUUCGGUUUGGGUUGUGAAGGAGCAACCAGACGUGGGGGUUAGGAGUCAUCAGGUGUCCUUCACAGACUGUCAGACCACAAAUGGUGGCCAGCCUUCUCCCCCUGAACCUGGAUCUAUGUGUCUGGCAUCUGGGAACAGAGAAAUGCAGACCUUAGAAGAUGUGGGGAAAGAUCAAGGCUACCAGCACCACCUAUCUGGAGGCAAAGAGCUUAGUCCUCCGGAAAUAGAGGGAAGUCCUCAUCAGCUUCCUUCAGGUGGUGGCCCCCUUCAGGGAGCCUCAUUCCCUUGUUCCAGCUAACUAUCUACAGCAUCUGGACCACAGGUUCCACUUCUGCCUCUACACCCAGAAGCCUGGUCCCAAUGUCACUGUGCUGGAGGCAAACAUGCAGCCAUUUUCUUCAUUUCACUUUAAAGCAAUCUCACAAAUUAUUCCACUUACAAAUCAGAAGACACUGGAGAACCACUAAAGGAUUCAUCGGCAACACACCCAAGAGAGGAUCUACUUCUAUAGUCUUAGCUUCAGUCAUGGAUGUACUGGGUCAUCUUUCCCAUAUCAUCAGAAGAAGUGGAAAUGGGUUGAUUCCACCAAUGAUGUCAACACAGUUUGUUACACAGUGAUACCUGAAUGGUUUCUCUUUUUCCUGCCAGCUUAAUGCUGUAAAGUGACUUAGUUAUUUCCAGUGACUGUUGGGGAGAUACUGGGGAUGUGUAAAUUAUUUUUGGCAUGAGCCAUUGCUGGUAUUUUUCUACAGUGGAUUUGGGAGCAUAUGGUGAAGAGUAUGGUACUUAGAAUCUAAGGUGGGCUAUCUCUUCAGAUAAGGGGAUUUGUGUUGUUUUAAUUAUACUUUAAAAAUUAUGUUGAUUGAGAUCUUUAAGAAUUUUACUUUCUGAAUCAGACUGUGGGCCUGCCUCAUUUGACCAAGAAUUUUCAUUGUCUCCCAUUCCUUACUGGUUCAUCCCCAACCAGUUCUGAGAAAAGAAAAAGAUGAAUCCUUCUUUGAUGGCUUUUCACAAAAUCUUUUAUUGUUUUUCAAUGUAUUUAAUGUAGAAUUAUAAACCAAGAGCAAGAUUUAUUUUUAUUAUGGAGAAUAAUCAAUGACUUUUACUUAUUUAACAUGUAAAUAAAUCAAUCACAAGAUUAAAAAAGCUUUAUUGUACAUAAGGGUGUUAGGUAUCCAAUCAGAUCCCAGAAGUUAUUGGAGUUGAACUAAUAUCAAUUGUUAAGACUGAUGUUAAAGAGGCAAGAUCUCUGAAAUAAUUGAAAACCAGAUGGAUUUACACUUAGGGCAAGACUCAAAAGAGCAUAUUUAAUUAAAUUAACAUUAUACAACCAAAGGAUGGUUAUCACUGAUAACAGUGGAAGGUUCAAUCCACUCUGGAUUAUUUAGGGCAUGGGGGCAAUUAUAAAGUUUGUAUAUUAACCAGUCUCAUCGCUUUUCCCUUCUGCUAUUUGAGCUUUGGUUACAUUACUCAUUAGUGCUUAUGAACCAAGGUGAGGAAAUGAGAUAGAACUAACAUCAUUCAGUCCCACUACUUUCUACUAGCUCUGACAGAAGGGUUGGUGAUGGAGAAAGAUGAGAAUUGUGGAUUACGUGUGUAUAGCAGUUAUUUAUGCUGUUCAUGCCAUUCCUUUAAAGGAGACUGCAAUCAAUUCUUGCCCUAAACAACAGUUGAUAUUUGAGAAAGAAGGUGAUGUCACUAUUAUAUUUGUAAGUGGAAACUUCAUUUCACAACCUGGUGUGCCUGGGUGCUGAAAUCUCUAAUGAGUGUAAUCAUGUUAGUAAAAUAAUUACUCUUAUGAAAAAAUUAAAGGAAGAGAAGGUAUAUAUGUGCACAUAUAUAUACAUACAUGUGUAUUAAAGGUUAUAUGUGU